AUGGCGCCAGGCUUGCGACUGAACGCCGUCGCGUUUAUUUCACCUCAAAAUGAGCCAACACUCAUUCGUACGUUUUCUAAACAGGAUGAGAGUGCAAUCAAAUAUCAUUAUAUUGCCCACACGAGUUUGGAUGUCAUAGAUGAGCGAGUUGCCGCAAACUCAAAGCUCUCGGAAUGUUACUUAGGUCUUCUAUAUGCGAUGGAGGAUGUUGCUGUGUAUGGGUAUAUUACGCCUUCAAAAGUCAAGAUAGUCAUUGCUCUGGCGCUCUCUGAUUCUGUCGUUCGUGACAUUGAAGUCAACAUGAUCUUCAAAGCACUUCACAUGGCGUAUUAUGCAGCUAUUUCCAACCCCUUCCUUGCUUUGCGCGCAUCUACAGAUUUUGUUCACGAUAGCCCACGAUCCUAUUCUUUACUGGCAGGGAGUCAAAAAUGGAAGAAUUUUAGGAGACGUGUUGACGAGAUCAGUCGGGAUCUUGGAAAUCCCAUGACGACCAAUCAGGAUAGGUAG